AGCGUGCGGCUGACUGACAGCCCACGCCGCGGCGCCAGGAAAAGACCCGGCUGCUCGCGGGCGGCGCAGUAGCUGCAGCCGCGGAGUCCGACGGCACCGGUUCGCUGUCCGGUCCGCCCGCGAUGCCGUAGGCCCAGGCAAGCUGCUGCAAAAGACUCAUUCUUGGUGGCCCGCAGUGGCCCGCAGUUACCAGCGGCUUUUGAGCUGGGUGGACUCCUGCUAACGCAGCUGGGAUACCAGUCUGCUGGGCUCCUCUCCAGGCAUCCUCCCCAGCAGCUCCUGCAUCCAUGGAGGCCCCGGAGGUCCCUGUGGGCUCCCUAAUCGACUUUGGGCCUGAGGCACCCACCUCUUCUUCCCUGGAGACACCGCCCCCUGCGUUGCAGGACAAGGAUGGCUCCCUAGGGGACGGCGCAUCAGAGAGCGAGACCACUGAGUCCGCGGACAGUGAAAAUGACAUGGGCGAGUCGCCCUCACACCCGUCCUGGGACCAGGACCGCCGCUCCUCCUCCAAUGAGUCCUUCUCCUCCAACCAGAGCACCGAGUCUACCCAAGAUGAAGAGACCCUGGCACUCAGGGACUUUAUGCGUGGCUACGUGGAGAAGAUCUUCUCUGGAGGAGAGGACUUAGACCAGGAGGAGAAAGCCAAGUUUGGAGAGUACUGCAGCAGUGAAAAUGGAAAAGGCCGGGAGUGGUUUGCUCGAUACGUGAGUGCCCAGCGCUGCAACUCCAAGUGUGUCUCCGAGGCAACCUUCUACCGCCUGGUGCAGUCUUUCGCAGUGGUGCUGUUCGAGUGCCAUCAGAUGGAUGACUUUGGGCCUGCCAAGAACCUCAUGACCAUGUGCUUCACCUACUACCACAUCGGAAAACCACAGCUACAGCCCCCAGAGUCCCGGGAGAAGCCCGCGGGCAGCAUCGACUCCUACCUGAAGUCCGCAAACAGCUGGCUGGCGGAGAAGAAGGACAUCGCCGAGCGCCUGCUGAAGAACACCUCGGCCAGGACCGAGAACGUCAAGGGCUUCUUUGGGGGGCUGGAGACCAAGCUGAAGGGGCCCCUGGUCAGGAAGAAUGAGGAAGACGAGAACAAAUCCCAGGAGAAGCAGCCCAGGGCUGGGACUGUGUACAGCCCGGAGGACGAAAAGAAGGGGGAGAAGAUCUACCUGUACACACACCUGAAGCAGCAGCCCAUCUGGCACACGCUGAGGUUCUGGAAUGCAGCCUUUUUUGACGCUGUCCACUGUGAGAGGACAAAGCGAUCUCCCACCACCAGAGGGGAUGCUGGAGAGGAGGAGGAGAAGAGGGAGAAGUGGUGCCACAUGACCCAGGAGGAGCGUGACGACAGCCUCCGGUUCAACGAGAACAUCACCUUUGGGCAGCUGGGCACGUUCACGCACAACAUGCUGGCCUUCGGCCUGAACAAGAAGCUGUGCAAUGACUUCCUGAAGAAGCAGGCUGUGAUUGGCAACCUGGACGAAGAGCAAUACAAGCUGCUUAGUGACCACAUUGAGCAAAUGGCCACUGAGUAGGCCCCAGAGGUUGCACUCUGCAGGAGGACUGAGGCCACGUGCUGUUCUCCCGGGCCUGGCGCCUGGCUGCCACCCCACCCAAUGACCUGCAUGAAGCCAGCAGCACCCAGAGCCGCUCCCGCUGCCCUAGAACUAGCGGUUAGAAGAAUCCGCUGUUCCUCCCUCCUCUCCUCUGCCUGUGUCUGUGCCCCCCAUCCAUGUGCCAAAGUGUCUCUUGGGUCACACGGCUAAAGCCAAGGUGACCAGCUGUACUCUGAGUGCCAGGCUGGUGAGAAGAGACCAAGAGGGAGGAGGGGAAGGACGCCAUGGGCCAUUGAGGGCCAAGGGCUGGCGAGGGUGGGGGCAGGCGAGAGACACAGGCAGGAUAGCCUCGAAGAGGGGCUGCAGCCCUCCAGUGGCAGAGGACUGGCGCUGCCGCUCACAGUGGGUGGCCCUGGGCCAUGUUCCUGCAACGGGGCUCCCUGUCCGGCCCUCUCUGACCUUGAGGAGGAAACACCUGUUUUAGGGAGAGGGCAGGUGCGGUGUAGAGGAUGCUCUUGGCUGGCUAGAGCAAGACCUGGCACCACCAGAGGGACAUGUGUGUGCCCGGCAGAUGGCCUGGGAUCUAUGUGUCUGUCAGAGUCACAGCAGUGCUGAGGUGUCUGCAGCAGACCACGCAAACCAUCUGAAAUGUGCCCUGCCUGGCCGACAGCUCCCUUCUGAAGCAGAGAAGGCUCUUCAGUCAUGAAGCAGUGUUGUGCCGUGUGUCCCACACAAGCAGUACAGGAAAGAAGUUUCUUUAGUAGCCGCUAGCCAACGCCCCUUUCUAAAGGCAGACAGUGCGGCUCUUUAUUCCAGACGAGGCAGGAAAGUCUGAGUCGGGGUUGACAGCUGCUGGAGAGAGGCAGUUCUGGGCAACGCGCAGGGCAAGCCAGUGUCACGAACUCCGCCUCCAAGCGCUGAGCAUUGUGUCCCUGCCCCCAGGGUCUCCGGAAGGCGCUUUUCCUUCCCCACCAGACCUUUGCAGCUCCUUCCUCCAGCCUCUGCAGACGCGCCCUUCACCCACUGCCCGGGAACCACGGCCCUUCUCUUCUGUGGGUCUGUACCACACAUGCUUCAGGCCAGCCCGUGGGCCCGAGGCCUGACUCCCAGCAACUGCAGCCUGGCUCCGGAGCCUCCUGUUUCCCCAUGCGUGGACGCUGCCAGCCCACCUGGGGUUCCCUGCCUCUUGCCCAUCACCACUGCGGUCACAGACUGUGAAAUAGGCCCAUGGGGCUCUCCCUCCACCUGCCACCCUCCCCUCCCGUCCUUCCUGGCUACCUCCUCUGACAUUGGGUCACAUAAGUCCCGUCUUGUCUGUCAGCACCACAGAAGCGCCUGAGAGUCACCUGGCCACUGCUUGGAAGGUUUUCCUCUGGGGAAUGCUCCCCAGAAUGUUCCAGAGACGAGCUCAGACUGGCUGCAUCACAGAACGUGUGUCUGGGGCAUUACCUGAAACAUGGUGUCAUCUGAUGCAUUUGGGCCCCAUGCUGCCAGCCUCCAGAACUGGGGAGCUGGGGCUCAGGCCCCUGACUGCAUGGCAUGUGAGGGAUUUCAGCCUGGUGAUGCUGCUGGCCAGAGCGUGGCCAUGCUGCAGUGCACCCGCCGUGAGCUGGGCAGGGACGGGGGCUUGUGCAGGCUGGGCUGCCCCUCCCCCAUGGUUGGGCCCUGACGACCGCGUCUCCACCAAAUCGAUUAAGAGAAACAUCAGAGAGAGGGGUGUGUGGAUGCCCGUUGCUCUGAUGCCAAUUGCAGAUAAUACGCGCCUCCCGCAGUGUCCAGCUGUGGUUCCAGGGCACUGCGCCCUCCUCCCUGCCCCGGUGAAACUCAGGCCACACUCAGGGCUGACCAUCGGGAGCUCCCUUCAGCCGUCUCGUCGUCAGCGUUCUUGGUCUUGUGUGAUUCACGUUAGCUGAAAUGCAUUAAGACUUGGCCCUGUGUGGAUGGGAUUUUUGUAUGGAAGUUUUGAUUUGUUUGGUUUCUGGGUAAACUUUGAUUCUGAGACUCUCCUGGGGGUGCUGGAGCACGUGCACAGCCUCUGCAAGGAACGCGACGCUGACUUCUUCGGGCUUUUUUCCAAGCACUUUCACUUCAAAAAUGAUCUUGACACUUUUUUGUCUACAUAGACCUCUUGAAAUAGCCAUUUCGGGGAGAGGAAAGGAUUUUGUUUUGUCUUUCCCCUUCACUGCCUGUUCUUAUAGAUCUAGCUCCUCAAGAGUUGGAAGAAGCCUGACAGGGAAGGGUCACCUCUGUACUCCGUCCACACAGGACGCCACCUAAGAGACAGCCUCCCAUGCUGUGAGCAGAGCAAGCAGUGGCUCGGGAGGCAGCCUCCAGCCUCCUGCCGGCUGUGGGUCUGGCCGAGGUCUCCUGGAGGAGGCCCAGUGUGCCUGGGACAGGGCUGACUGCCUGCCAUCAAGGUUUCCUCUCUUCGCCCAGGGUCUGAACAGAGCAGGCAUGAGCUGGCCUCUGGUGUGGAGCAGGCAGACCCAGCCACGUGGCUCAAAGGUCCCUGCGUGGGGAGGUGGCACACCCAGGGCCACCUGGGUGUAGGAGCUCUGACGGCCCCUCUGUAAACUCAGGAAGUGUCAGGUGAUUCCUAGGGAGAGGUUGCCAGUCCCAGCGGGCGGCACAGGGGCAUUGCAGGCGCUCUGCCCCCCAACUUCAAGGGCUGUGCGAAUCCUAGUGAACCAAAAUGCAAACCACUUGCUCAAGUGCAAAGCUCCCUGCGUUGAAAACAGGAUGUGUUGAGAUGCAGCACUGUAUGUUUUUAGCCUUUGUUACAGUUUUAGCAACAUUAAUAGAUGUUUAAGAGGGACCAUGUUCAUAAAUUGCAUCUGCUGUGUGUGUGUACGGUGCACACGCGCGUCUGACCAAGGGCCAGAGAACUGAAUUCUGAUGUCAUCAGUUAUCUGUAAGUGAACUGGGUCGACGCUAUGGUUUUCCUAUUGCCAAAAGCAAAUUGGGCCAAAGAGCUCUGAAAUUUCCAAAAACGGGCUAGAGGGAGAGUCUGGUUUCUGAGCCUGUACCCAAAUCAAAAUCCUAAUGUUCAGGUUAAUGCAAGGAACACAUGUGGGGUUUAGAACCAGCACUGAGGCCCAGCGCGGGAAUCACAGACACCGCUGACCCUUCUCCUCUUUCCUCCUCUGAGUUAAAACCAAACAGGCCUGUCUUUCUCUCCUCCAAGCCCAGUCACACCGUGGAGUUCCGUUAUGAGGAAAGAAAGUUGGAGCUGGGAGAUUCGUUUUUUCUUGGGCUGCUCUGCGUGGGUAUUCCAGACCCCUGACGUGAGGAAUGCAGGUUCGCACCAUAAAGAGUUUGUGAGAGGUAUCAGUCUAACUGGAGUUCCUUAGCCGGAACCAGGGCUGUAAGCUACAGGCCUGACCUUCCUGGAUCCCACUAUGUGUUGGCUUUUUUUUUUUUUUUU